AUGACAACCCUGUUCAACUCCUCCCAGGAGAUAGUGUUUGUGCUGCAUGGACUGAAUGUGACGCAAACAAACAGACACAUCUACUUUGUAUUUAUUCUUAUCCUCUACCUCUUCACCAUUUUAAUUAAUGUAACUCUGAUCUUUACUAUUGUUCUAGAGAAAAUGCUGCAUGACCCAAUGUAUUUAUUCAUCUGUAAUCUGUGUAUUAACGGUAUCAUUGGCGCUUCAUCUUUCUACCCAAAUAUACUUUUUCAAAUUUUAUUUGACUCUCAUGUGGUAACUUACAUUGGGUGUCUAACCCAGAUAUUUUUCAUCUACUUCUAUGUUCACUGUGAAUUUACCCAUUUGGCAGUGAUGGCUUAUGACAGAUACGUGGCCAUCUGUAAGCCACUCCACUACCACUCAAUUAUGACUAUUAAAAAAGUGUGGACACUGAUUCUUCAGACAUGGCUUUUCUCAUGGCUAGAAUGUAGCAUUGGUGUGGUACUAUUAGCUAGAUUACCCCUCUGUAGUGUUGACAUUGAUAGACUGUACUGCUCAAACUGGGCGGUUCUGAAGCUAUCAUGUGUUGACACCACCAUUGACAACAUCCACAGCUACAUUUAUAUAUUUUAUCACUUUUUUCAGGCCAUUUUUAUUCUGAUUUCCUAUGUGAACAUCGUCAAAGUAUCUUUGCGUUCUGUGGUGCAGAGGAGGAAGUUCAUGCAGACCUGUCUGCCUCAUCUGAUCACCCUGACAAACUUUGUCAUGUCUCUUCUCUUUGAUGUGAUGUACGCUCGCUAUGGCAGCAACACCAGUCUGUUGGCCCUGAGGAAUAUCAUGGCUGUGGAGUUUCUAGUUGUUCCUCCUCUGUUAAACCCUAUCAUAUAUGGGAUGAACCUCAGUCAGAUUCGAAAUAGAGUUACACAGAUGAUUAACUGUAAAGUUGUCCCUCAAUGA